AUGAAGCAUGGGACUACAUUAUCUCACCAACAAAGGGUUGAUCUAUGUGCAGAAGUAACCAAUCAAGAGAUUGUUGAGAGCCUCAAAGCAAUUGGUGAUGAUAAAGACCCAGGCAUUGAUGGCUUUAAUUUCUUCAAGAAAGCCUGGGAUAUUAUCAGUAUGCAGAUCAUAGAUGCUAUGAAAGAGUGCUUCUCAACUGAAAAACUCUAUAAAGCCAUAACUGUACUACUAUUACAUUGGUGCCUAAAAUUACAGAAAGUCAUACCUUACAUCAUCUGUGAGGCUCAAGCAGGCUUCAUUCUUUGUAGAAAGAUUGUCAAUAAUGUCAUUCUAUCUCAUGAGCUAGUCAAAGUCCUACAAACAAGAGCUCAGAUAUCCCCUAGAUGUAUGAAUAAGAUUGAUCUUCAGAAAGCUUACGACUCAGUAGAAUGGAUCUUCUUACAGCAGGUUAUGGAGGAUCUUAGGUUUACUGACAGAUUUAUUAGAUGGAUAAUGGAAUGUAUUAAAACUGUCAACUAUACAAUUCUGGUGAACAAGGAAACCACAGAACCUUUCAUUGCUGCUAAGGAUCUUCGACAAGGAGAUCAUAUCUCCCCUUUUCUCUUUGCUAUAGUGAUGGAAUACUUUAGUAGAUCACUGCAUGGACUUAAGAAGGAGCCUGACUUCCAAUAUCAUCCCAGAUGUAGGAAGCUUGGUAUCACUCAUGCUAAUCUAGGAAAAAGUUCAGUAUAUUUUGGUGGUGUAAAGCAAGCUGUGAAAGACCACAUAAUGGCACAACUGGGAUUUACAAGUGGAUCCUUACUCUUCAAGUACACAUGCAUCCCUUUGUCUACAAAGAAAAUAGCUCUCAUACAGUGGCAACCAUUGAUUUAA